UCUUCUCCACUCUGCAACUUUCCCGUGCUGGAGCAGGCAGGAUUAGAGAGGGGAGUGGAGUAGCCUGCCACAGAGGGGGGAGCCGAACAGGCUGGGCUACAGGGGCCAAAACACCAGACUGACAGAAAAAGGGGGAGAGGGGCACAAUGCACCCCCAACUGGCACUGUUGCUCCUGGUCGCCCCCCUGUGCUUCCCCCUGGAGACUGAGACUCCUACAGCUGGUUGUACUUUUGAAGCGCACAGUGACAUUGGUCCCUGUGAGGUGACACAGGGCACACAUGAUGAUUUUGACUGGAGCCUCGUACAGGAUCCUCGCAGAGACACUGACUUACCUCAAGGUUCAUAUCUUGUGGUUAAUUCAUCCCAACAUAUCUCAGGAAAACGAGCUCAACUCUUGUUUCAAUCAUUAAGCGAGAAUGACACUCACUGCCUGCAAUUCAGUUACCUCCUCCACAGCAGAGAUGCAAGAGGUCCAGGCACAUUGCGAGCUUACGUACGUGUAAAUGGGGGUCCUUUGGGCACAGCGGUGUGGGAGGUAUCUGGACCCCGUGGUAGGCAGUGGCACCAGGCAGAGCUGGCUGUGAGCACCUUCUGGCCAAGCGAGUACCAGGUGUUGUUUGAAGCCGAAGUAUCAGGAACUCCACAGGGAUUCAUCGGAUUAGAUGACAUUCUCCUUUUUAGUUACCCAUGCUCUCAGGCUCCCCACUUUUCCCGCCUUGGGGAGGUAGAAGUGAAUGCUGGGCAGAAUGCCACCUUCCAGUGUCCUGCUGCAGGAAGGGCAAAUGAGGGGGAAAGCUUCGUAUUGCAGAGGCAGACCGGGGGCAUCACUUCCUCUGGAAUAAUCCAGCAUACAAGCCACUGGCGGCUCAUGGCCUCUUUCCAAUUGUUGGAGGCAUCACAGGAGGUUCAAGACUUAUACCGUUGUGUAAGCUCCUCCAUCCAUGGUGCAGGUGUUUCUAAUUUUGCAGAGCUUGUGGUGAAAGAGCCCCCAACCCCAAUUGCUCCACCUCAACUUCUUCGGGCUGGACCCACCUAUCUAAUCGUACAGCUCAACACUCGUUCCAUUACUGGGGAUGGGCCAAUCGUACGCAGGGAGAUCGAGUACCGUGUGACUGGGGGUACAUGGCGCGAGCGGCAUGCAGUCACUGCACAUACGUACAAGCUGUGGCAUCUGGAUCCUGACUCACAAUAUCACGUGUCUGUGUUGCUCACACGCCCUGGGGCAGGGGGAACAGGAAAGCCAGGUCCGGCUCUGGUCAGCAGAACCAAGUGUGCAGAACCCAUGCGUGCACCUAAGGGACUGUCGUGCACAGCAGAGCAACCACGUCAGAUGACCCUUCACUGGGAACCAGUGGGCUUCAAUAUCACUCGUUGUCACACCUUCUCAGUGACAUUGUGUUACCACUAUGAUUCAAGCACACUGCAGGAUUGUGUGACAGCAGAGGGAGGGGUAAACCAUUAUACGUUGCGUGGGCUGCCCCCACACCGUGCCAUUCAGUGUCGCCUGGUGGUCACCAAUCCUGAGGGCAGGAAAGAGGGCAAGGAGGUGAUCUGCCAUACACAAGAAGAUGUCCCUGGGGGAAUUGCCUCUGAGUCCCUGGUCCUCACACCUACGGAUGAUGCAGUCUUACUAGCUUGGGACGAACCUGCAGAGCCGAAUGGGGUCCUAACACAGUAUGAGAUUAGUUACCAGAUUAUUGAAUCCUCAGACCCUGGAGUAAGUGUGCCUGGCCCACGUGGUACCAUCUGCAAACUACCCAAUGAAACAUCUCAUCUCCUCACAAAUCUCCACCCAGGAACCACUUACUUACUGAGUGUGAGGGCACGAAACAGUAAGGGCUAUGGGCAGAGUGCUCUCACUGAGCUUACCACAAACAUCUCAGCACCUGCUUUUGAUUACAGUGACCUUCCUCCCCCACUGGCUGAGACUGACCAUACCAUCACAGUACUUCUGAGGCCAGCUCAGGGCAGGGGAUCCCCAGUCAGUUUUUACCAGGUGCUGGUGGAAGGUGAGACUUCCCGUCGUUCUCGACGUGAGCUAGGCAUCCCUGGCUGUUUCCCUGGGGCAUAUGGAUAUGAAGAGGCUGAAACAGAGGGUGCCACUCAAUAUGUUGGGGCGGAAUUGCCACCAAGUGACCUAUCUCAUGACACACCAUUUAUUGUUGGGGACAACCGAAGCUAUGGAGGCUACUGGAAUCCACCCUUAGAUCCCCGUAGAGGCUACCUAAUCUACCUGCAGGCUGCUAGCCACCACCGGGGGGAAACACGUUUGAAUUGUGUUCGAAUUGCCAGGAAAGCUCCAUGUAAGGACAGCCACCGCUCCUCUGUGGCCCCCCAGCGCUCUGAGGAGAUGGGGCUGGUGCUGGGAAUCUGUGCUGGGGGUCUGGUAGUGUUCAUCGUUCUUCUGGGGGCAGUUAUUAUCGUGGUCCGAAAGGGAAGAACACAGUUCUCUUAUGCUUACUACCCGAAGCCAUUGAGUCUGACUAAGUCAGCACUACCAACAAGACAUGAGAAGACCAGCAUUGUUGGACCCAGAGAACACGCCAAGAUCACUGAUCAGCCCACCCUACUUCAGGAGGAAGCAGCUCUUGCAUUCCUUCACAAUUAUAACAACCGAGGUGAACCUAGAGCUGGAUCUGUUACAGAAUCAAGCAGUCUUCUUGGAGGGUCCCCACGGCGAAAUGGAGGCAGAAAAGGUUCUCCCUACCACACAGGACAGUUACACCCAGCAGUAAGAGUGGCAGAUCUGCUUCAACAUAUAAAUCAAAUGAAGGUGGCCGAAGGCUAUGGAUUCAGGCAGGAGUAUGAAAGUUUCUUUGACUGGGAUGUGUCUAAGAAGAAGGACAAAGGGAAAGGAAGACAGGAGGCACCACCAAAUUAUGAGCGGCACCGUGUCAGGCUUCACCCUUUGCAAGCAGAUAACAGCACAGAAGAGAUUAAUGCUAACUACAUUGAUAUCCGGAUUAACAGAGAAGAACUGUCAGCAAUUCAGCAGUGUAAAAGACCGAAGCUGUUGUCAUUGGGUUAUCACAGGUCCAAUCAUUUUAUCGCUACGCAAGGUCCUAAGCAAGACAUGAUCUAUGAUUUCUGGCGAAUGGUUUGGCAGGAACACUGCUCGAGUAUAGUGAUGAUCACCAAACUGGUGGAAGUUGGAAGGGUAAAAUGCAGUAAGUAUUGGCCUGAUAGCACUGAAACAUAUGGAGAUAUUCGGAUUACCUUGCUGAACACUGAGAGUCUGGCAGAGUAUACAGUGAGGACACUUGCCUUGGAGAGGCGGGGCUACACAGUAAGACAUGAAGUAAAGCAGUUCCACUUCCUGUCAUGGCCAGAACAUGGAGUACCAUUCCAUGCAACUGGGCUUCUGGCGUUUAUCCGUAGAGUUAAGUCCUCUACUCCACCUGAUGCAGGUCCUGUUGUGGUGCAUUGCAGUGCUGGAGCAGGAAGAACAGGAUGCUAUAUAGUCCUAGAUGUAAUGCUGGACAUGGCGGAGUGUGAGGGAGUUGUGGACAUCUACAACUGUGUAAAAACACUUUGCUCUCGACGAAUUAACAUGGUGCAAACACAGGAACAAUAUGUAUUCAUCCAUGAUGCAAUACUGGAAGCAUGUCUGUGUGGAGAUACAGCUAUUCCUGCGUGUGACUUUAGACAGACGUACAAGGAGAUGUUGCAGAUAGAUACACAGAGCAACUCUACACACCUGAGAGACGAAUUCCAGACACUUAAUUCAGUGACUGCCCAGCUCGGUGUAGAAGAGUGCAGUGUUGCUCUUUUACCCCACAACCGUGACAAGAACCGCAGUAUGGAUGUAUUGCCUCCAGACCGUUCCCUACCUUUACUGCUCUCUGCCCAUGGCGAGGACACCAGCAAUUACAUCAAUGCCGCUUUGACUGAUAGUUACACAAGGAGCUCACAUGUGAUUGUCACUUUGCAUCCUCUGCAAAACACAAUUACAGACUUCUGGAGAUUGGUUUAUGACUAUGGUUGCACUAGUAUUGUAAUGCUAAACCAGCUCAACCAGUCCAACUCUGCAUGGCCCUGCCUGCAGUACUGGCCAGACAGUGGGAUUUCCCGUUAUGGGCCAAUGGAAGUGCAGUUUGUGUCUGGAUCAGUAGAUGAAGAUGUAGUGACUCGCCUUUUUCGUGUACAAAAUAUCACUAGGGAUGAACAUCUUCUGGUCAAACAUUUCCAGUACUUACGCUGGUCUCCAUAUAGAGAUACUCCAGACACCAAGAGGUCGUUUCUACAACUUUUGUCUUUGGUGGAGCAGUGGCAAGAUCAAAAUAGAGACCACAGAAUGCUAGUACACUGCCUGAAUGGUGGUGGUCGGAGUGGAACAUUUUGUGCCUGUGCAAUGCUAUGUGAGAUGGUGCGAUGUCACCAAAUAGUGGAUGUGUUCUAUGCUGUGAAAAGUCUAAGGAAUGUCAAACCAAAUAUGGUGGAGACACUGGAUCAAUACCGCUUCUGCUAUGAAAUUUCUCUUGAAUAUUUGGACUCCAUCGACACCAGAUAGCAUUCAAAAACACUUCAGGUGACAUUCCUGUAUUCUGUACCCAGCAGAUAUUGCUUCAUUUCGACUGCCAAAAAUAAAAGGGAGUUUAACCACCUUUCUUCUUGCAAAUUCAAAAGGGCUUCUCUUUACUAAUCCUUCUAUGUACUACAUAAUUCCAUACCUUGAAAGGUAGCAUGCAACAAGAUCUGUCAGUCUAGGGAUUAAAAUUGGAAGUCCUGCCAAUAUAUGUGUGUACAUAUUUGUAUCUGUACAUAUUUUAAAUAAAGACUGAAAAGCUUUGGUUCCCAGUAUGCUAUACUAGGAAUAAUUUAUGGUCACACACAGGAGAUAUGCAAACAUGUGAACAAGGUCAUUGCCAGUUUAAUUGGUUCAGUAGGGUAUGUGAUGUAAGAUCAAUUGAGCUACAUACAAAAGGAUCUACUACGAUAUUUUGUCUCUCUCUCUCUGUAAAAUCAUAUAAAAUUGAGAUAUAGACUAAUGUAGCAUAGUGCACAAACAGAAUCAGAAAAGGACCCUGUUUUGUUUGAUCCUACAACAGACACCACAUAAUACAAUAUGUUUGUCAUUCUGAUUAUUAUCUGUAAAUAAGGGUAUAUUAUGUAUUAAUCCCAUAAGUAAUGAUGGGGUUUUUUAAUGCUUUAUUGUAUCAAAUAAAAUGCCUGUUUUUCUUA